CGCCUUUCAGCGCAUUGGGUUGGCCCCGAUGCCGGCCCGGAAAGGCCUUCUUGCGCCUCAAAAUACCUUCCUCGAUACUAUUGCGACACGCUUCGAUGGAACCCACAGCAACUUUGUGCUGGGAAAUGCGCAGGUGCCGACGAUUUAUCCGAUCGUCUACUGCUCCGAUGGAUUCUGCGACCUGACAGGAUUUGCACGUGUGGAAAUUAUGCAAAAAGGCUGCGCCUGCAAAUUUCUAUAUGGGCCGGAAACGAAAGAGGAAGAAAAAGCUAUGAUCGAUAAGAGUCUCGAGAGCAAAACCGAAUUAAAGCUCGAGGUUGUAUUUUAUAAGAAGUCCGGAUCUCCAUUCGAUUGUCUACUCGACAUUGUUCCCAUCAAAAAUGAGAAGGGUGAUGUGGUUCUUUUUCUGGCCUCGCACAAGGACAUCACACACACGAAAAACAUGCAGCUUUGUGAGUUAUAUGAUAGUGAUGCAAAUGGUAAUUUGGAUCCUGAAGCUCCACCAGCAAAUUAUGCAAGGAGAAGAAGUCGAGCAGUUCUGUAUCAAUUAUCCGGUCAUUAUAAACAGGACAGUAAACACAAAUUGAAAUUAAAUAAUGCAUUGCUGCACUCAACAACAACGCCAUUACCAGAAUACAAGACGACAACGCUAAAGAAAUCUCAAUUCGUAUUAAGUCAUUACGGCUUGUUUAAGACAUGCUGGGACUGGCUAUUGCUGUUAGCGACACUUUAUGUUGCCGUUGUCGUGCCGUAUAAUGCCAGUUUCAUCAAUACUGAUCGGCCUACGAUGGUUAGCGAUGUGGUCGUUGAGGUCAUAUUUAUCAUAGACAUCGUGCUCAACUUCAGGACAACAUACGUGAACCGGAAGGGCGAGGUGGUUAGCAACAGCAAAAGCAUAGCUUGGAAUUACUUCAAGAGUUGGUUCUUCGUCGACGCCGUCGCAGCUCUGCCCUUCGAUCUGCUCUAUGCCAGUGACGUGUACAGCGGCGAGGAGUCAGGUCACAGCCACAUUCACCUGGUGAAACUAACGAGACUGCUGAGGCUCGCGAGGUUACUACAAAAGAUGGACAGGUACUACCAAUACAGUGCCAUAAUACUCACACUGCUCAUGCUCUUCUUCACACUUGUCGCGCAUUGGCUCGCCUGCAUCUGGUAUAUAAUUGCCGAGAAGGAGCGGCUCAGACACGAGAAGGACUGGGAUCUUGGCUGGAUUCACGCACUGGCGGACAGAUUAAAAAUGCCAGAUGUUACAAACGUAACCCAUGCUGAAAGUUACAUUACUGCGCUUUAUUUCACUUGCAGUAGCUUAACGUCUGUGGGCUUCGGUAAUGUUUCUGCCAACACAACAUCUGAGAAAGUAUUUUCCAUCUGCACAAUGCUUGUUGGAGCCCUGAUGCAUGCCGCGGUAUUCGGUAACGUGACGGCAAUUAUACAACGUAUGUACUCACGAAAAUCUUUGUAUCAAACAAAGUGGCGUGAUCUCAAAGACUUUCUGGUGGUCCAUCAAAUUCCGGACGAACUGAAGCAAAGAAUGCAAGAUUAUUUCCAAACUAUGUGGUCUUUGAAUCAUGGAAUUGAUAUUCAUGAAACGCUGAAGGAAUUUCCAGAGGAACUGAGAGGUGACGUCUCGAUGCACUUGCAUCGCGAAAUACUUAGUCUACCGAUAUUCGAAGCAGCCUCACAAGGCUGUUUGAAGCUUCUCUCUCUGCAUAUACGCAGCAUCUUCUGCGCACCCGGGGAGUUUCUCAUUCACAAGGGCGAUGCGCUGUCAUAUAUCUACUACCUUUGCAAUGGCUCGAUGGAAGUCGUGCAGAACGAAAUGGUAGUCGCGAUUUUAGGCAAAGGUGAUCUGGUUGGAUGUGACAUUGACGUUUAUCUACAACACGGCAACAACGGUGGGGGUAACGUGGGUGGCGUAUCGGGCUCAAACGACGUCGUUGUCAAGUCCCGGUGCGAUGUCAAAGCUCUAACUUAUUGCGAUCUUAAGUGCAUACACAUGCAGGGCCUUGUGGAUGUGUUGCGCCUUUAUCCUGAGUAUCAACACGAGUUCGCCCACGAUAUCCAACACGAUUUGACGUACAAUUUGCGCGAAGGCUACGAAGUCGAGCAGCAAGAAUCGGAAAUAAAUGGCGGCCCAUCUCUAACGUUACCCUCCAUCAGCGAGGACGACGAGAACGUACCCGAGGAGGGUGAGACCUCGCCGCUAUCUCCGCCAAACCGAUCGCCAUUGCACACCUCAUCGAGUCCUCGACACACGAAAUUUAGGGACGAGUAUCAAGGAAAAAGGCCGCCAAGGGGUGUUUUAAGAGGUAGAAGUAUUCAAGUGGUACCGCAAGAAUCCCUGGAAGAUCAUAAACGUGGCUCCGUUGAACGAUUAGAUACGCAGAUGUUAACGCUGCACCAAGACGUAGCCACCGUCAAAUACGAGAUGCGAAACGCCAUCCAGACAUUGCAGAUCCUGGCGAGCUCCCUCCAGAGCAACCCGAACCUACCGACACCGAGUCGUAGUUGCGGCAGCGGACUCCUCGCCCGGAGCUCCUCCCAUCCACCGGACGCCCUCUGCUGGAACCCCCCGACGCGACUUCACAGCCAAUCGACCCAGACCGAUUGUCCUAUGGAUCUCCUGGAGGCAUUGGUGCGCUCGGAGCCCCAACGCGUUCUCAGGAUCCUCGGUCUCGACCCCGAGCUCCUGGUGCAGCAGGCGCCCGUUGAUCCACCUACGCCGUCGCCCUCGUCGCCACCGCCGCCACCCUACGAGCCUCUCUCGCCCCUCCUCAGCUCGACACCGCAAUCUCCAGUCGGCAUCAGUUUCCCGUUUGAGCAUCGUAAGUCGGCCGGAUUGGGCCAGGCAACCAGUAGCGGCUGUUGGGAGAAUCCGAUGAGCAGCGGCCAGACUAAGGCCCAGCACCGCUUCAGCGCCGGCGACGCCGACCGACAGUCGACCUUCUAUCAGAGCUUCCGGGCCCUUCAUCGACUACCCGAGUCGCGCUCCCUUACCUUCGACCCAUUCGACAGCUGAGUCGUCCCGGCUGACGCUGGACGUCGAGCCAGCGGUGAUGAUUCAUCAAGCGAUCCAGACACGAUGAUCUAAAGGACUGUACUUGCCAUCCUAGUCAACGCACAUUAGCUGAGGUGGACAAAGGCGAAAGCGUCAACCGCGUCGAACGCACACACGCACGCUUCUAUUUUUGUAUGUUGAGCCACUCGAUCGCGAUCGUAUGAAAUUCAAGAUUAUCGAGCGGACGACGUAACUUGCACUACUGCUUGGAUUAUCGAGCUUCGCACCGGGAAUCUGCAAAAGGAGCUAAUCGCGUCUACUCCGUGAUAUUGAGAAUCACAAGCGCGACGCGUUCAAAUUUCUUUAAUGUACGCACGUUCCUUUUUUACCAGGUACCUUAGUUAUUCGAAGGAGGAAGUCAGUCAGCUGAAAGAUGACUGCGCCGUUAAUUAUUUUUUCGCGUUAAUUGCAGUGAAAAAGGAACACACUUAAUUUACAGGCAUAUUGCUACUCGUUAGUCAUUCGUUCGAUUCUUUGCAUUUAAUUAAUGAAGCGUAAUGGCAAUCUCAAAUAUAUUUUAAGUUCCUCGAGUUGUCCAAUUAAUAACGGAACAUACGAUAAACGUAUUAAUAAUGAAAUAUUUGACAUUCUAUUAAAAUAAUUAAUAAAAGUGCCUGUUCCAAUGUGAAAUUAAUUAUCUCGUAUUUAUUUCACUUUCGUUCUUAUAUCAUCCGUAAUCGUCGGGAACUGGUUACAUUUAAAUACACUCGGAAAGAUAUCUGCAAU